AUGGCCAGGUCCAGAGAGGUGUACCCGAUACCGGACCAGCCCUACGCCUCGGGCUCAACCUCGCACCUCGCCCUGGCCUCGUCGAACUCGAGCGCGCACCCGUCAACGACGCCCAUCAUCAUCGACAAUGGCUCCACCACGCUCCGAGCCGGAUAUGCCGUCGAUCCUCACCCAAGUCUGAUCGUCGACAGCCUCAACUCGAGGUACCGCGACCGCAAGACGAAUCGGACCAUCAUGCUCGCCGGCCAGCACGUCUACGCCGAUGCCGCCAGUCGCAGCAACGUAAAGUCACCCCAUGAGAACGAUGUCGUCGUCAACUUUGACGUCAUGGUCAGUUUGCGAGGAGACUCACCUCUCGACGCUGCAUCUCCGUGCGCUCGUGCUCCUGCUGAAACCCCUGUCCCGUCCUCCCACCCCCCCCCCCCCCCCACAGGAGAACAUGCUCGACUACGUCUUUCACCAACUCGACAUAUCCUCGACCGACGCCAGCAUAGACCAUCCCAUCGUCAUGACCGAGGCCUUGGCCAACCCACACUAUGCUCGAUCACGUACGUCCCCCAACUCCAUUCUUGCUACCCCAACACGAGACUGAUCCCGAUCCAUUCGACCCAGUCAUGUCCGAACUCUUGUUCGAAGGCUACAACGCACCCUCGGUCGCAUACGGUAUCGAUUCCCUCUUCGCCUUCCACCAAUCCCCUUCUACAACCCAAGACGGACUCGUCAUUAGCUCGAGCACGAGUUCGACUCAUGUCGUUCCCGUUCUCGGAGGCAAGGCGAUCACCUCUGCCGCCAAGAAGUGAGCCGAGAGCGCACAGGGUCAAGCUGCGUCAAGGACCUCAUAUUCAACUUUGUUUCUUUUGUGACAGACUCAACUGGGGUGGAUCACAUGCGUCCGAAUACAUGCUCAAGCUCAUGCAACUCAAAUACCCCACCUUCCCCGGCAGGUUAUCCGGUUUUCAAGCGGGCGUAAGUUCGCACUCGUACAACUCGUCUGCACUUCUCAUAGGCGACUGACUGAGACCAUUGUGGUGACCCUACAGUGCAUCUAUCGCCAACAUUGCUACGUCUCGGAAGACUAUCGUGCCGACCUGCAGGCCAUGGCCGACCCUGCCAAAAUGGUGGACGUGAAUCGGAUCGUACAAUUCCCCUUCAUCCCUCCGGCUCCGGUGCGUAGCUCGGCAGAGUUCAGCUCAACAACGUACCCGGUCGCUGAGGUCUCUUUUCCCCCCCUCUAGAUCGUGGAGGAGAAGACGGAAGAAGAAUUGGCGAGGGCCGCGGACAAGAAGAAGGAAAGUGGACGACGAUUACAAGAGCAAGUGCAAAAGCAGAGGUCGGAAAAGGUUCGCGUUCCGAGGUUCUCGCCCCCCCUCGCCCCCCCUCGAACGUACUCUCAGCUCACUUUCGCCUGGAUCCUUAAACCAGAUGGCACGACAAGAAGAAGAACUCUUGACGUUCGGAGAGCUGCGAGCUUCCAGAGCGGGCUGCCGUCGGGUCGAUUUUGAGAAGCGUUUGAAAGCCGCUGGAUUCACUUCUGAGGAGGAUUUGGACGAGUACCUCAAGAAGGUGGAAAAGAGUUUGACCAAAGCGAGGAAUAAGGAUUUGGGGAUCAUUGAAGAUGAUCAGAAUAAGGUUCGUGGUGAGGUGAAGGAUUGUGCAUAUAGGUGGGGAAAGAUGCCUGAUCUUUCUGGACUGUCGAACAUGGUGCAGGAACCGCCGGUGUUCCCUCUCGUCGAUGUGCCCGACCAUACGUUGAAUGAAGCCGAUCUCAAGGAGAAGCGACGACAACGCUUGAUGAAGGCCGGGUACGACGCGAGGAUCCGUAUGAAGGCUGAGAAGGAGCAGGAGAACUUGAUUGAGCAGGAGCGAAGGAGGUUGGAUGACGAGAAGCGCAGAACGGACUUUGAGGGCUGGAUCGGGGGGAUGAGGAAGGAACAUGAGGUGAGAAAGUCAUCUCUUUAUAUGAACUUUGAAUGGAAACUUACGGAGAGGAUUCAUCCCGUUGUGCCUGUGCACAGGACGUGAUGAACAAGAUCAAAGAAGGCAAGAAGCGAAGGCAACAACUUGGCGAUCGCAAAUCCUUGGCUGCGCAAAACCGAAUGAAGAACAUCGCCAACCUCGCCAGCGACGCCAACACCCCUGGAGGAGGCGGGGGACCCAAAAAGAGGAAAAAGACGGAACAGGAUGACGGGUUCGGGAAGAACGAUGAUGAUUGGGCCGUGUAUCGUGAGAUCGUACGUCGCUGGAUCAUGCAACUUCGAGUCUGUCGUCUGCAUGGAAGCUGAUACCGCAUGGGUCACAACGAACAGGGACCGGCAGACGACUCGGACGACGAGGAAGACGACCAGAUUUUUCUGAACGCGAUUGAAGCCAGGCUUCUGGAACAUGAUCCCAACUUUAGCCUCGACGAUACCGCCGUGCGUCUGGCCCAACGACGUCACCGAUUGCUCAAUGCGUUCGUUCGAGGUCUCGCACCCGACGACCCGCUCGACACGUACGAUCCUGAAUCGAUCGAGCACAACUCGCAAUUGCAUCUCAACGUCGAGAGGAUCCGUGUACCCGAAGUGGUGUGGCAACCUGGGCUGGCGGGCGUCGAUCAAGCUGGGCUCGGGGAGAUCUUGGAGAAUGCGUUGAGGGCUUAUCCGCAAGAGGUCAAAGAUCGGUUGACCAAUGUGAGUCGGCGGCUGCUCAUUGAGGUCAUGGUCUUGUCUUGACUGAAUGGAGAGACUCUCUGUCACAGAACAUCUUCGUGACCGGAGGCAACACCCUCAUACCGCAAUUCGACACCCGCUUACGAGCGACCUUACGUCCCAUCCUCUCCGUCGCUGCACCACUCAACAUCGUUCGAGCCGCACCAGAUUCGCUCGACGCUUGGAGAGGGAUGGCCAAAUGGAGUCAAGGUGGUGGAGGAGGGGAUUCGUAUGCGAAGGCGAGGAUCACGCGGGCGGAAUAUCAAGAGUAUGGCGCGGACUGGUUCAAGGGACAUGAGUGGGGAAAUCAGCCUUGA